CUACAAAUGGAGCAUUUUCUAAAAGGUCUGCCCAAAGUAGAACUCCAUGCUCAUCUCAACGGUUCCUUGGGCAUCAAAAGCCUAUGUGAUCUUGGCGAGCGAUUGUAUGGAAGCUCCUCUGAAGAAUUCCUGAAGUUGUGCGCGCGCUUCAGUCAAUUUGAAAAGAAUAUGGAUGCAUGCUUCGAGAAGUUUGCUUUUGUGCAUGAGUUGACAUCCACCCGGGAUGGUCUGCGAUUUGCCACUGAGCUGGCGGUUCGGGAUUUCGCUGAGGACAACGUCCAGUAUGUAGAACUGAGGACCACUCCCAAGGCGAACGAAAACUAUUCACGCAGGGAUUACCUGCAGACCGUGAUCGAUGCAAUCAAGGAAGCUAGCGAAACGUAUCCAGAGAUAACAGUCAAACUACUGCCCUCCAUCAAUCGAGCGGAACCAGUGGACGUGGCUGAGGAAACAGUUUCCCUGGCUGUGGAGUUGGCACAGGCUCAUCCAAAUCUUAUCUUAGGCAUCGAUCUGAGUGGUAAUCCAGGCAAGGGGCGGUUCUCCGACUUUGCUCCUAUUCUUGCACAGGCCCGAGAUACGGGUCUGAAAUUAGCUAUACACUGUGCCGAGAUCGAGAAUCCAUCGGAGGUGAAGGAAAUGCUGCAGUUUGGAAUGUCCCGCUGUGGACAUGGAACUUUUCUUACUCCCGAGGACAUUGAGCAACUUAAACAACGAAAUAUAGCCAUUGAAUGCUGCCUCACCAGUAAUAUUAAGUCGGGAACAGUGCCCAGCUUGGAGGAGCACCACUUGAAAAGAAUCAUGGAGGCAGAUGCACCCAAGGUUAUCUGCACGGACGACAGCGGCGUUUUUGAUACCACUUUGACAAAGGAGUUUCUGAUUGCUGCCGAAACUUUCGGUCUAACCCGUCAGCAAUGCAUCGAUUUGACCUUGGAGGCAGUGCAUCAUUCAUUCGCCAGCGAACAGGAGCAAAUACAGAUGGCGGACAGGGUGGGAAACUACGCAGUCAUAUUGGCCAAAUAAAAAAAAUUGUCACUGCCCUAAUUCAAAUAAAUAGGUAUUUUUUGUAACACCAUAUACAAACCUAAUCCUUACUUGUAAAAAAUUGUGUUUUACCUUUUAAUAUCAUUCUUUUUAUUCAAUAUGUAGAAGUAUUUAGUUACAAGUUUGUUCAUUAGUUAUGUUCAUCCUUCGUACGUACAUAUGUGGCUAAUAAGUUUUUAUGUUUUUCUCGUUUAAUAUCAUUCAUAAUUGAAUUCAAGUUUUCUUUUCAUUACUUUAUGAUCUCGUUUCUGCCGUUCUGUGUGGCUUAGUUGGGGUGUAGGCAUUCAAAAUACAAUGGAGUACAAGCUUUGGUCAAUAGCGGGCUCUUAAACUGCACCAAGUGAAGUGGACGAUCGAAAUCUAAAGAAACCAAAGUAAGAUUUGAAAGAUCGGAAUCUUAUUAAUCUGUUUAAUAGCACAUUUUGAAACAAACUUUUUGGGUGAAGACAUCUUUAUAGUAGGACCCUCCACUUACCCAAGCCUGCAGAUUAGCUUUCAGUUGAAUUGGUUUGCCUGCCUGGUAUUCCCUAUAUACAGUUUAUCUAUAUUUUAUACUUUUAGUUUGGUUUUUGCUUACUGCUGUGUUUCUACAUGAGUUUUACUACUGUAUCCAGUUCAUUCCAUAUGCCGAGCUUCAAGGAACGACCGACUUAGGAGUUUAUUUAUAUCGUAUAGAAGUGUUUUUACCCCAACUAGAGAGUUCAAUUACAAAUCUAUAUAUUUAUAUAAAGGUUUACAUUUCUACAAUUUGGAAAAAUUCUACUAGUUGAAAAUGGUAUGGUAUGGAUUUUGCUGUUGUAUUCGACUUUAUUUAGGAGUUCGGGCAUAAGGUUUGGUAUUCUUGCUUUUAAGUAUGUAUAAUUUUGUUAAAAUGUACGGCCUGGUAAAAGUUUAGCUUGCCAAGGCUUAUAAAAAAAUAUGUCUUGUUUACUUACUGGCUCAUUAUAAAAGUCGACCAUUUUUGGGUAAUAUCAUAUAGACAGCUAGCCUGCUCAUAUAUAAAAAAUGCGCCGUAUAAAAUGCCUCGAACUUGCGCUCUCAUUUUUGGUUGUUGUGCCAUUUUCUGCGGUUUGGAAGGGCUAUAGGUUAUGGUACGUGUAUAUUAUUUAUCUAUAUUUAUUUUCAAUGUAAUGCUAUUCUCGUUAAUUGCAUGCCGUAUUAAUAUCAAUUUUGAUUUCAGAUUUGUAGUCAUCGCAGCCUUCCAUUGAAGCCAAUUAGUUGAAACUAUGUGUGGUGUGUGCAUUUUGGUGUGAGGAAGAGACAAUUAAAUCGGGUCGAAUUGAGAAAUAAAACGUUUUCUUUUUGCUACAUAAUAAACUUGUUUUAUUUUUUCACAAAGAAAUUAGCAUUAAUCGUAUUUUGUAUAAUAAUAAUAAACAUAAAAAUCUAAUGCAUUGUUAAAUCAAAUGCUCGAAUGCAAUGCUGUCCAAAUUGUAGUUAUUUAACUUGUGCCAAUCGCUCGCGGUUUACAAAACUAAAGGUUUCGCUCUGUGUUUGUAUACUUGAAUUUCUCCGUGUGUUCGAGUGUGUAACUACAAAAUAUUCUCGUAAUUAAUUAAUUACUGUUUAUUUAUAUUUAUAUGUAUGUAUAUGCUUUAAUAUAUAUUUAUAUUUAUAUAUAAUUUAUAGUUUUACUUGACGCCAGCUCUAGCACAUGCCAUGCCUUUUAAUUUCCGCCAUCCUUCCUUCUUUCAUUCUUUCUUUUCUUUUUACAACAAAUUACAAAUGGUUUAUUUAUGUCCUUAGCUUAGUUUACAAGGUUCUGCUGUCGAAAAAAUUUUACAAAUUUUUGCUUCUGCGGUAUGCUUUAUAUUUACUUGAAAUCUUGGUUAUCUAUAGGGCUUUAUCGUAUUGGGCUUUAUUUUGUUUUUACACUUUAGUUUGCGAAAAUUUUAAACCAAUAGCCGAGGGGUAUUCUGAUUUUGCAAAUUCAAAAUGACCCACUUGUUUUUGCCUUUGGCAUACAAAGAAAUGCUUGCUCAUUUCGCUUCUUUAUACGUUUACAAGUUUACAGGGAGUUUUUCGUACAGUUUAAGUUUUAUUGUUUACAGUUGUGGUUGUUAAAUAUUGAUCCUUUUUAAGUGGAAUUCGCUUUAGGUUUUUAGUUUUCGACUUGUAUACCCAAGUGUCUUACAUGCGUGCAAAAAAUUGUUACUGUAAAAACUGGGCGUGUGUAGAAUACGCCAGCAUACGUGUAAAUUUCACUGUGCCACGGCACUUCCGCUACUCUACACAUGUAUUUUACAUAUACAUUAUAUCUUUUUUUUUAAAAACGUUUUCCUCACGUCAAGUUCAAAACUAAGUGUAGUACAUAAUUCUAUAUGCGUGUAUAUAUGUUUAAAUAUUUAUAGGGAUUCGCUGGCUUACACUAACUACUACAGCUAAGCAGCUCGCUGUGUCCUUUGUGUCUGUGUGGUUGUGUAGAUGUGUUGGUGUUCGUGUCGGUGUGAGUGUGGGUGUCCAGUGUAUUUUACACGUCAAAUGUACACGGCGUGUAGCAAUGUGUUUAGCCUACAGAAAGCAUCUCUACUUGCAUUGUUCACUCCGUAUCGAACUCGAGAAUCCUAAAUACAAUGUUCAUCUAUGGAUUAUUUAAAUUAAAAUUAUCAGUGCAUUGCGCUCUAGAGACAGGCAGUUGACAAGUUAAUAACUAAAAGUACCAAACAAAUAAUACCGAGCCCUGCUUGCGCUGUCGCUUGAAAUGCGCUCACUUCUUCAGAGACAGGAUAAUACGGGUGUUGCAAUGUGGUCAGGUUCAAUGGGAUGGAUUAGGGGUAAUGGUAAAUGGUGAAUGGUGAAUGAUUAAUGGGUAAUGGUAAAUGGUUAAUGGGAUGUGUGUGUUGGGAGGGAAAUGUACAGAAAAUUACAAAUGUUCAAUGACUGGUAUCCUUUGCUUGUUAUAUA